GUCAUCCACUCUCCACAUAAGGAAGUGAGCAACAGUGUGUUGCUCAAAUUGAUACUUUUCUGAGGCAGCUGCUGUCCUUGAACUGAAGAUAUGGCUUACCCAGGAUAUGGUGGUUAUGGAGGUCCCCCCAUGCCAGGGGCACCUCCCCAGGGCAUGCCGGGUAUGCCAAAUGGGGCGCCCAUGGCAGGCGGAUACCCUCCGUACGGGGGCUUUCCUGGAACUUUCGCGCCGCCUCCUGUCAGUGACCCCAUGUGGGGUUAUUUUACAGCCAUAGCGGGACAGGAUGGUGAAGUAGACGCCGAGGAACUCCAGAGGUGUCUGACACAGACUGGUAUAAGCGGCACCUACACGCCCUUUAGUCUGGACACGUGUAGAAUCAUGAUCGCUAUGUUGGACAGAGAUAUGACGGGAAAGAUGGGUUUUAACGAGUUUAAAGAGCUUUUUGCAGCUCUCAAUGGCUGGAAACAGAACUUCAUGAUGUUCGAUCAGGAUCGGAGCGGAACAGUGGAACCUCACGAGAUGUCCCAGUCCAUCACGUCUAUGGGUUACAGGGUCAGCCCCCAAGCUCUAAAUGCUAUCAUCAAGCGCUACAGCAGGGGGGGACGGAUCUACUUUGACGACUACGUGGCAUGCUGUGUGAAGCUCAGGGCACUCACAGAAAAUUUCAAGAGGAGAGAUGCCAUGCAACAAGGGACAGUGAACUUUCAGUAUGAUGAUUUCAUCCUGUGUACCAUGUCAAUCUAAGGAGAACUGUGACAAGUUUGGCUGUGGACUGCACUUCAGGAGAGAAACGCCUGAAAGAGAUGGAAAAAAUAAAUACAUACAGAAAUAUACAUAGAGAGAGAGCAAAUGCAUAGCUAUAGAUAAAACGCUGUCAAGUGCUUUUAGACUGAUGAUGACAAUGUACUUAAGUGCCACUAGUUUCGUAUUUACGGUCCGCUAAUGCACAAGAAGCUUUAUCUAUACGAGCAAAUCAUAUUAGAUACAUAUUCUUUUAUAUGAAUGGCUAUAUUGCAUUGAAGAUGUUUAAAACAAAAAAAAAACCAGUCUGUUAAAAUGUGCUGUUGUGAGUAGUUGCCACAAAGCACUUGGCAUAAUAUCUCUAAAACGAUUUAUUGCACGUAACUCAACAUUUCUGUCAGUUUUGGUGCCAAUUUUAACAUCGUUUUUUUUUUAUAUAUAUAUAUAUAUGAUUUGUAUUCACAGAUUCCAUGUAUGAAUUUAUUUGUACUGUAUUAAAACAUAUACAGCUACA